UCCGUCUUUUCGACAUUUUCCCGUCUGUGGCCGGAGGUGUUUCAAUCGCGUGCUUCUUAAAACCUGCGAAAAAUACCGCCAACCAACGAAAAUGGUGAAGGUUAAGUGCUCCGAGCUUCGCACGAAGGACAAGAAGGAGCUGACCAAGCAACUGGAGGAGCUGAAGAAGGAGCUGCUGGGACUGCGCGUGGCGAAAGUUACCGGUGGUGCUCCGUCGAAGCUGUCAAAGAUCCGUGUCGUCCGCAAGGCGAUCGCUCGCGUGUACAUUGUGAUGAACACCAAGACGAAGGACAACCUGCGCAAGUUGUACAAGGGAAAGAAGUACGUUCCGCUGGAUCUGCGCCCGAAGAAGACCCGCGCCAUCCGCAAGGCACUGUCGCGGCGCGAUGCCACCCGGAUGACGCUGAAGGCACAGCGCAAACGUGCCCGAUUCCCGCCCCGCAAGUACGCCGUCAAGGCUUAGGAAGGAGCGGUAUGGGAACUGUAAGCUAAGCUACGUCCGUUUUCGUUCGUAUCGUUGCCGAUUCGCGGGAUGCAUUUCGUUCCGUCUCCGGUGU